CCAUCUACUCUUUCCGGCUGCACCUGAGCUAUCAUCAACUCCGCUUUCCUACCACCACCACCACGACAUCGGCGGCUGCGUCGGAUGUUUCUUCUUAAGUUUGCUCGGACGAUGAUGAGGAAUCCAAACGACAUCGUCUUCGAAGUUGAUGACAUCCCUUUCAGUUCCCCAUGGUGGUUCGUCUACGCGGGAGUGUCUUGCCUACUGGUUCUCUUCGCCGGCAUAAUGUCGGGACUUACCUUGGGCUUGAUGUCUCUUGGCCUCGUCGAGCUCGAGAUUCUCCAGAGAAGUGGCACCUCCACUGAGAAGAAACAAGCUGCUGCUAUUCUACCAGUUGUUCAAAAGCAGCAUCAACUUCUUGUAACUUUGCUUCUUUGUAAUGCUUGUGCCAUGGAGGCACUUCCCAUAUACCUUGAUAAAAUUUUCCAUCCCUUUGUAGCUGUUUUGCUGUCUGUCACUUUUGUUCUGGCUUUUGGAGAGGUCAUUCCCCAGGCAAUAUGCUCACGAUAUGGACUUUCCAUUGGUGCAAAUUUCGUGUGGCUAGUACGCAUUCUGAUGAUCGUCUGUUAUCCAGUUUCCUACCCCAUUGGAAAGAUCCUCGAUGCAGUACUUGGACACAAUGAUGCUUUGUUUAGACGACCACAGUUAAAAGCCCUUGUGUCUAUCCAUAGCCAAGAGGCUGGUAAGGGGGGUGAACUGACGCAUGAUGAGACAACCAUCAUCAGUGGAGCACUAGAUUUGACAGAAAAGACUGCAGAGGAGGCUAUGACGCCUAUUGAAUCAACAUUUUCUUUGGAUGUCAAUUCAAAAUUGAAUUGGGAAGCAAUGGGAAAAAUACUUUCACGAGGUCAUAGUCGUGUCCCAGUUUAUUCUGGGAAUCCAAAAAAUAUUAUUGGGCUCUUACUGGUGAAAAAUCUUCUCACAGUACGUGCGGAAACAGAAACUCCAGUCAGUGCUGUUUCUAUCCGUAGAAUUCCUAGGGUUCCAGCUGACAUGCCUUUGUAUGAUAUUCUCAAUGAGUUUCAAAAAGGAAGCAGCCAUAUGGCAGCUGUUGUGAAGGUUAAAGGAACAAUGAAUAACCCUCAGAUCCCUGAUGAUGGAGAGAAAUUCAAUGAGAAAAGAAUUACCAGUGGGAAUUCAAAAUUAACCACCCCUUUGCUGACCAAGUGUGAUGAUAAAUCAGAUAGUGUCCUUGUUGACGUUGAUAAACAUUUAAGGACCAUUGGCAAUAAGCUAACUCCUCUGCAACAAAAUGGCAUUUCGGCAAACACCUUACCUCAUUUUUCAGAGGAUGUUGAAGAGGGAGAGGUCAUUGGAAUCAUUACCCUGGAGGAUGUCUUUGAAGAACUUCUACAAGUCAGUAGGAAUUGUACUGUCCUCUUAUGUCAGCCUGAGGAAAUUGUAGAUGAGACCGAUGUAUACGUUGAUGUACAUAAAAGGAUACGUGUGGCUGCUGCUGCAGCUGCUUCAUCAGUGGCACGAGCUCCAUCUUGUCGUAGGUUGACUGGUCAAAGACCUUCAGGUGCUCAAACAAAGCAAGGGCAGACAACAAAAAGGUCAUUGGAGGAUGAUUCACUCGUGAAGUGAACAGCAGGACAAUCCAUAAAACUCUUCCAGGCGGCAUAACCUGAUUUGGUUGGGCAACCUAAAGAUGAAGUAAUGCUUCCAAACCUCUUAUAUUUUGAAACCAAGUUGAACAGAUUGCAUAGCAUAUAUAAUUGUAUAAAUAUAGCUCGUAGUAGUUUUUAGAAACAAUGUUUGUCCGCUGGUUCCACUUGCCUUGUAUACACAAAGAAAGCUUGAAUUCUUUAACCUGUACAGGAAACAUAUAUUUUGUUGGAACAAGUUACAUGAUGUUAGUAAAUGUGAGAUCUUAGG